CCGGCCGAGCCCUCCUGCCUUCAACAAAGAUGGUGCUCCCCGCGCAAGCUCCGCGGGCGCCGGCGCGUCCUGGGUAGCUUCCCGCUCCCCUCGUGUUGCCAGAUGGAUGCCAGAGACAAGCAGCUUUUACGCUCCCUGCGCCUGGAGCUCUGCACAGAGGUGCUGGUGGAUGGACUCGUUAUUCAGUAUCUCUACCAAGAAGGGAUUCUCACAGACAGUCAUGUUCAAGAAAUAAAAGCCCAAACCACUAGUCAGAGGAAAACCAUGAUGCUCCUUGAUAUUCUCCCCACCAGAGGACCCAAAGCUUUUGAUGUGUUCUUGGAUUCCUUGCAGGAGUUCCCGUGGGUUAAGGACAAGCUGAUGCGGAAGCGUAAGGAAAUGACAAUACAAGAUCCUUCAGACUUCCCUGAACUUGCGCCAUGCAUUUUGAAGAUAUCACCAACAGAUCAGCAGCUGAACAAGCUGGCAAGGAGGCUGGGACCUGAGUGGGAGCAUGUAGCUCUGUGCUUGGGUUUGUCCCACACUGACAUCUAUCGAUGCAAAGUCAAUCACCCUCACAACCUGCAGUCACAGAUUGUAGCUGCAUUUGUGCUGUGGAAACAGCGCCUGGGGAAAAAAGCAACAAUCCAGAGCCUGCACUCCAGUCUGAUGGCGGAGGAAGUGGAUCCUUCAGUGAUACAGUACAUGCUUGAGUGAAGCCAUGCCAUUUAUUCAGAGCCUCCACGGGUUUCGUUCAAUUCAGUGAAGAGGAUGGAAAUGUAUGUUGAAGAUUGGAUGCUUCAAGCUGUAAAAAAAAAAUGGGGCUGGGAACUGCGAUUUUAUUAAGCUUAAACAUUCCAGUUUUCUGUGACAUCUUGUGAGUUGUAAUUCUUUUCAUGCCAGAUUAAUUUUUAGCAGGCAUUAAAAAAUGGAUCACUCUUUCCUGUUCCCUUUUGUGCUAUUUCAGUGGGGAUAUAGGGUGACAAAGUUCUUGCAACAGGCGGGCCUGCAGUUAGUUCAGCAAGGUUUUCGAUUUCACUGAGGGAGUAAGACUUGGUUUAAAUUAUUUUCUGGACUAUGUAGGAGCCUUUUUACUGCUGUUUCAUGCUACUUCCCUGAUAUUACAGCAAGAAAUGAGACUAAUCACCAUUACUAAUUUAACAAUUUUACAACAGUUAUUGCAGGUGGCUAAUUUCACAUUUAUAAAAGUUUCAGCAUGUAGAGUUUCUUGCUAGUAUAGAUGGUUGGCACUUUGGUCUGCCUUUGAAAAAGGCCCUAAAUGGAAGUAGCAGGAAUGUAGUGUGCCUGUGAGGGUUUCUGCUGUUAUAAUUUAAUGGGUGUAGGUUUCUGCAGGCAGGCCCUAUGUGGAUAUGCCUUGUCACAGGUGGGAAGUUCUCAAAGACACACAGUAGAAAAGUGACCAGAAGCAGGCAAGAACCAGGUAAAGUGUGCAAGAAGCAGCCUAAAAAAGGAGACAACUUCUAAGUUGUCCAUGUUUGUCUCUGCUAAUAAACUGGGACACCACGGGUGCCUGCAGAGUCUUUGAACUGUGCUCAGUAUCCAGGCAGCCUUGUUUCAUGGUGAGCUCAAGCAUCCACAGGCACAUUGCUCUGACCACUGCACACCCAAUAGGGUAGGGAAUUCUGCAGGUCCUUGCUGGUCAAAAUGAACUUCCCACUGCUCUCCCUCCAGCUUCCCUCCAGCCACCCACCAGGCUCAUUUGCUUCCCACCAGCUUUUCUGCACCUAGUGGGGGCAGCUUUGACACUGCUAUCCUCAGUUCUUUGCCAGUGUAAUUGUACCACCAAUGAAAAUAAGAUUUUAUGCAGAAAAACAGUGAAGCUUAUGUUCUUCUCCUCCUUCUCUUCUGUCAUGGAGAUUUUAUUUCUGCUGGGAAAAAAUACUGAGAUCUUUGCUGACCAGGCAAGGGGGGAUCAGUCUGCAGGACAUCCAAAGGCAAUGGGAGUGACCAGAUACUCUCUGAGGACUAUUGAUAAGAGGCAGAAUACAUUAGAAUUCUCCCUGAGCAGUUUGCUGUACAGUAAAUGAUGAACAGAAUUUUGAUGCUGAGUUUCAAGGUCUGUUUAUGAGCAAGUUACUUUAGACUGUCUCAUCUACAGAGUCAUUGCCAAAGAAUUUCCCAUCCUGCAAAAUUUGCUCUAAUUUCACAGCUUAACAGCCUUGUCUGUAGUUUUUACUGGGGCAAGAAUGAACUUCACUGCUUUUCAUUUAAAAAAAAAUUGUUCUUUUUAUAUGCAAACUUUGAAAGACAUGGGAAAUUAGAAAAGACAAAGAGAUUUUAAAGAAAUCCUAUAUACCUUGAUUUUUAGAAGCAUGGAAACAGAAAAUAUAUUCUGUCAGGAUCUGGCUCCUGCAGGUUCUGAAGCAAUCUGGUAAUAUUUUGGUUUUAAUCUUCUGUAUAGAGUUCUGACUUUCAGUAAAUUGUGAUAUUGUUAUACCUCACUCAGAUCCUAAUUAGGCAUAUUCUACUUCCAGAGAUUAACUAUAUCAAAAAUUCCAGAUAAACAAAGUAAAUUAAUUUAGGGUUUGAGUUUUAUUUUUUUCUUUUUCAUGAUGCUUUAAUGACAACAUAUUCUUUUUUAGGUGGAAAACCAUCCCAGAGCAGGUGUACAGACAUUUGGCAAAUUCAUAUGAGCACAGCCCAGCACAGGGAGUGGGAUGAGAACUUUGAAGCAAUUCUGACAGUGAGAUUGACAGGAGCAUGGUUUGCAUAUUAGGGAAGAGAGGCAAAGCAGUCUUCCUGGCAGCAGUUUGGAGGAAAAAAAGCUAGAGAUGGUUGACAGGAGGAACUACUGAAAAUGUGAUGUAGAAGAAGAAGUUGACUCCCAGUGUCAUAAAUGUAAGUACCUUAUCUUGCUCUGAACCAGCAAGAACCAAGUCUGAACACAGGCUGCCUUCAAGGCAGUUCAUCCCCAGUUAACCCAGAAUGAACACAGUGCUCCAAGGAGGCAACCAGUCUGGGCAGUAAAACAAUGUAAUGGGCACACUCACAUGACCCUCAUACUUUCUUCUCUGGGUGAACUUUGCAUUUCAUGUUCUUCAUUUAAUGAAAUCACAGGAUGGUUUGGGUUCAAAAGGACCUCCAUGAUCAUCUAGCUCCAGCACAUCUACCAUGGGCACCUUUCAGUUACACCAGUUUGCUCAAAGCCCAAUCCAACCUGGCCUUGAAUGCUUCCAUGAAUGAGGCAUCCAAACAUAUCUGGGCAGUCUGUUCCAGUGCCUCAUCGCCCUCACAAUUAAGAAUUUCUCCCUAAUAUUUAAUCUAAACCUACCCUCUUCCAGUUUGAAGCCACUCCUCCAUGUCCAAUCACUACAUGUCCUUGUAAAAAGUCCCUCUCAAGGUUUCUUGUAGGUCCCUUUUAGAUAGUGGAUGGUGCUAUAAGGUCUCCCCAUAGCCUUCUCUUCUCCAGGCUGAGCAGUCCCAACUAUCACAACCUUUCCUCAUAGGAGAGGUACUCCAGCCCUCUGGUCCUCUUGAUGGGGCUUCUCUGGACUCACUCCAGUGCUUCUAUAUCCUUCCUGUAUGUGGACUCCAGAGCUGUUAGCAGCACUCCGGGUGGGGUCUUAUGAGAGUGGAGAAGAGGUAGAGAAUCUCCUCCCUCAAUCUGCUGGCCAUGCUUCUUUUGAUGCAGCCCAGGAUAUGGUUGGCCAAUGUCAGGUUAUCCAUAACUAAUAUACUUAGAGUCUUUUUAAUGGGUAAAAAAGCAACCUUCAGUAGGUAUGAAAUUUCAUGCCAAAUAAGGCUUCCUUUGAAGCCAGAUAUCUGUCUGAGUAUCUGCUAUGGGGCACUGGAAACCUGAUGGGUAAGUGUCAUAUCAGGUAAUUUCUCCAGCUUCUUUAGGUGGGCUAAAUGGUACAACCCUUGCACCUGGUACUAAAAUUAUAGGAGCCACAGCUAGACAAGGAUUAUAAAACCUGGCCUCUCAUAUUGUAGAGCAAAGCAUAGAAUUAAUAAUUUAUAGUUGCUUUCGCAUUCCAAGGGCCUAAAUGAAUGCUGUAAUACUUGAGUUGCAAAUAUUGAAGGGAGAGGUUUACUUGUUUUAUGAGAUUGUUUCCAUUGCUGAUAUUUAAAAUUCAUGGAAAUGUUCCUAUUAGACUCUUCAUUUUUAUUAAACCUUGUUUUUGCACUACACAAGUGCAGGGAUACAUUUAACUGACAGUAGUAUUUCUUUAACCCAGUGGGUUUUUCCAUCCACUUAAAAAUACUUUUCUUCUGUAUGUAAUGCUUUAUUUUGCACAAGGAUGCAAUUAAGACAAUUUAAUUCUUCAGAUGUAUAGUAUGGCCUCUUAUUCUCUCAUAGAACACUCAGAAGAUCUUAAAAUGUUUAUUCUUUUCUGCUAAUUUAAGACCAAAUGUUAUUUAUUUAAAUCUCGUGGGCAAGCCUGCAACUUGAGUGUUGUUCAGGACUGAGGCAACUCAGUGAGUUUCCCUGUCUCUCCCUUUGCCUCAAACUCCUUUGUGCCAAAGUUUAGGUGAUGACAGGAGACUUGCACAGGGGCUCCUGUCCUCCGUGCCCACUGUGCACCCAGGACUGGUGCAGGGGAGCUGCAGUUCCACCACUUGGGGUGAGGCACGCAGCCCCUUUGGGCUUUGGGAUGGAGCGUGAGUUUGGCCGAGGUGAGCCAGCAGAAACUGCUCUCUGAUGUGUUCAGGUUUCUUAACCAAUGUCAAAAAAUCCUCACUAGUGAAGCUGGUAUUAUUGGUAUCUACUUAUUUGUGGCAGAGUUUAGGAGCUGCAAGACUGGAAAGCAUAAAUGUGGCCACUGCUGGAGCUUCCACUGAAACAGAUGGCAUAACUUCCAGUCCUUGGAAGAAGUCAUCAUUGAUUUUCUUCCUUGGUCUCCAGGGAAGACUUUGACAUCCCAUUUAACUCUUCUAAGUUGUAAAGAAGCUCUAUUAAAAAACUAAAACUAAAAAAAUCUGUUUUGUACUCUGGAAGUACAAAUGGACUCUUAGCGUGGCAAUAGGCAAGACCUAAGAGCACUGAUUCUCACCUGCAUAAGCUGUAUGAAUGAUCACAGAGGAAGGAUCUUCUCAGGGUAAAAGCAUGUCAGACUGCCAGCAUUUAAGAGUGGCUAGAGUGUAAAAUGAAAAUGCAGUCAUCUGUGAGCCACUUCUCCCAGAUAUACUGGGGGAAAUUUCCAUCUGGAGCCAUAUUUUAUGACAGUAAUUGAU